UUACUUUUUUUAAGUCAUUUUUAGCCCAUUUUCCCAUAUUAUUAGUCAUUGUUACGGAUUUCACACUAAUUCACUUCUUAUCGUUUCUUGUUGACCUUUAUGCUUAAACUUAAGACUUGUCCGAUUUUAUCUCACUAAUUACAUUCGUCGCUGUAAUGAAUACUAUACCUACAUUUUAUUAAUUUAUCAAUUUUGACUUAUAACAUAAUUUUAAAAAAAUCUAUUAUAUUCCGCAAUAAUGGUACAUUUUUUUGAAUUUGAGUGUUAUUAUUUGAGCGACAAAUUGUCAUAAUAUUCUGGUGCCAUCAUGCCAUCAGUAUUUUUCUUAUCAUUAAGGAAUUUUGAGAUUCUAUAUCAUUGACAUUUAUGUGAACAUAAGCCGCCAUUCGAACUAGUUUUUCACCAAAUUAAAACCAACUAUAGUUAUAGUUAUUUUUCAAAAUUAUUUGUAUUCAUUUAGUUUGGAAGUUCUGAAAUUCAUCGUGUACUUUGUUCGUGGUCGAGUUUUUGCUGUAGAGUUGUAAUGGCUUGGCGAUUUUUAAAACGGACUAUCAAUCGAAUGUUCCUUACAAAAAAUCCCAUACCUCCAUAUAAGAAUCAUGUGGUUCAAAUUGGCGAUCCAAUAUUACGAAAUAAAUCAUCACCUAUUCCAGUUGACGUCAUAAAAUCUGAAGAAGUACAAAAUGUUAUUCAUUUAAUGAGAUCACGGAUACAAAUGUCAAAUCUUAUUGGCUUAUCUGCACCACAAAUUGGUGUACCAUUUCAAAUAUUCGUUGUUCAUUUUCCUCAUCCUUCCAAGUUUUUCAGUAAAGAAGAAAUAGCUAAGAAAGAAAUGGAAUAUAUUGAAAAUCAGGUUUGGAUAAAUCCUAAACUAACAGUAACUGACCAUACAUGUAUUACGUUUAGUGAGGCUUGUGCAAGUUUUAAGGGUUACUCUGCUGAAGUUCCUAGAUUCAAACGAGUGCUUUUAACAGGAGUAAACGAAAAUGGAGAAAAAAAAACGUUGGAUGCCAAAGGAUGGACAUCUCGAAUAAUACAGCAUGAAAUGGAUCAUUUGAAUGGAAUAAUGUUCAGUGACCGAAUGAUUCCUAGUAGUCUCUGUUGUACAGGAUGGCAUUCUAUAAAUAAAUUUCAAGGGCUUGUAGAACUUAGGUAUGACAACUGAGUACAUGCCAGAUUAUUUGACAUUUGUCUCUUUGUAUGAUAAAAAAUACCAUAACUGUUUGAUUAUAGAUUUUCUGUAUAAUGUUACUUGUAUCUUAAAAAAUAAAUUUUAUUUUUAAGAAGAUGAUA